AGCCAUUACCCACAAAGAAGGAGGAGCUCCUCGUCCUUUUGUGCCAUGUGUAAAGUCAUAUCCAAUGGCCCAUGCUUUGGAAGCUUUAGAAAGUAACAUCCAACAUGGAUUGGGAUGGGAUAGGACUAACGGGAUUGGAUCGAACACCACCAUGUGGUGCACAUUUAUUCUUACUCACUGUAUAUAUCAGUGUGAUCUGCUCUUUCAUUCCUUGCCAUCUUUGAAGCUUUGAUCUGCCAUCAAAACUCAAAAGAAAGAAGCUAAGCUAGAAGAACCCAUCAUCAUGGAAGCUUGUUUCCUUGCCUCAAAUUCCCUCACCUCAAAUUCCAUCAAAACUCCAUUUCACUGCAAAAGAGUUGGCAUUCCAUCAUCAAUAACAUGUUGCCGCAUGGACUCAUCUCCACCGUCCAAUGAUGACAGCAAACCUUCCAUUGAUACCGAUUGGCGAUCAUUCAGAGCAAAACUGGUAGCUGCAGAAAAAUCAUCAAAGUCCAAAAAGCCCACUUCCUCACUUGUGGACCUUGACACUGUGGUUGAUCUUCCGCAGCCCAUCACUGUUGGUGACAAAUGGGCCCACACAAUCCAUGAGCCUGAAAAGGGCUGCCUACUUCUUGCCACCGAAAAGCUUGACGGGGUCCAUAUUUUCGAGCGAACAGUCAUUUUGGUCUUAUCCACUGGGCCUUUGGGCCCAUCCGGCAUCAUACUCAACCGGCCGUCCCUUAUGUCGAUUAAGGAGACACGAUCCACAGCUCUUGAUGUUGCGGGCACAUUCUCGAAUAGGCCGUUAUUCUUUGGUGGGCCUUUGGAGGAGGGGCUGUUCUUGGUGAGGCCCAAAGUUGGAGAUGAUGUGGUUGGGAGGAGUGGCGUUUUUGAUGAGGUAAUGAAGGGAUUGUAUUAUGGGACAAAGGAAAGUGUGGGUUGUGCAGCUAAAAUGGUGAAAAGGAAUAUGGUUGGGCUUGGGGAGUUUAGGUUCUUUGAUGGGUAUUGUGGAUGGGAGAAAGAGCAAUUGAAGGAUGAAAUAAGAGCUGGGUAUUGGACUGUAGCAGCUUGUAGCCCAAGUGUAAUUGAUUUGAGGAGUGUGGGAAGUGUUGGGCUAUGGGAGAAGGUCCUUGGUCUUAUGGGCCGUAGGAAGGUUCGGUGAGAUCCAUCUGUUGUGGCUUUUAUAUUAGAAGAAUAUGUAAAAUUUGUAAGGCAAAUACAAUUAGAUCCAUCUGUCGUGGUUUUUCAUUUUCCCCAUGUAUAUGGACUAUCGAGUACAAUUCGUGUUCUUAUUAAUAUUCUAAUGACAGAAACUGUAAGAUAUCUAAUGUGAUAUAAAAGGCAAUACAGAUCCCCCGCAACCCUUCAUCUCCA